AUGAGCUAUGGAACAGCUCCUUCGGUUCCUGCAGCGUUGCAGGUGUACAACUCCUAUGUUAUCGACCCCCAAUGGCAAACCAAAUUUUCUAUAAUCUGGGGCUCGUGUCUGGGUGCAUCGUUGCUCUUCGCUGCUCCUCGUCUAGUCAGGUCUAUCCGUAACGGCCAAGCGUUCACUGGAUUCUUUGGAAUCAAGGAAGAUUGGGAAGGAAAAGGAAACUACGAAGCUGUUACCCUGAACGAUUCAAAGGCGAAGAAUACGGCGAGAAGAGGACUUUCUUCUACACCCACGAUGAUUAGGACAAUUGAAGGUAUAAUAUCUGUGAUACGAUCGGUGUCUUUGUGGACAUUGCCUGGACUGGGUCUGAAUGCAGGACAGAUAUUCGUCGUCCUAGCGUAUCUGAUCAUAGUGCUCAUUUGUAUCAUAAUGGACUCCCAGCUCGUGAACAACUCUAAUCGUGCAGGCUUCCUUGCCCUCGCCCAACUACCUGUGGUCUUCCUUUUCGUCACCAAGAACUCUAUCGUCUCCCUCCUUCUCGGACCCGGCCACGGUUACGAGAAACUCAACUACAUCCACCGCUGGUCUGGACGGUGUUUAUUCCUCGGUGCUGUUGUCCAUGGCUCUCUCUGGAUCCGCAACCACCUCCAGUACGAUAUCCAGAUCAUCGGCGCUCAGAAAGAAACCAGCGGGGUUGCAGCGCUGGGUGUGCUUGGUGGGAUCGUGUUAACAAGUUUCAGACCUGUCAGGAAGUUGUUUUGGAACUUCUUCUGGGUUGUGCACGUUUUGGGUUUCGUAGCGUUCUUCAUAACGAUCUGCUACCAUACUAUCUACGCCGUCCCUUGGAUAUUCCCUCCAUUGGCAUUCUAUGCCGCUGAUAUGUUCAUGCGAAUGCUACGUGUUAGGAUCAAGGAUGCUAAUUUGGCCGCUGUCGAUUCUAAUAUGACUCUGAUCCGCAUCCAAGACUGUGACACGAACUGGAUCGCUGGCCAACAUGUUCGUCUCCGAGUAUUCUUCUCCGGACGCGUGUUUGAGAGCCAUCCGCUAACGAUAAUGAAUGCACCUUCAAACGUUACCUGUCUCGCAGGGCCUUCCUCUACUGAAAGCGGACGAGGAAUCAUUCUUGGUGCACGAGUCACCGGUGACUGGACUCGAGCGCUAAACAAUUACGCUGAUGCAGAAGGCAAGGCUAUUCAAGCCCAAAAUGCUAAAUGGGUUGCUGAGAAGAAGAAAGCUGCUUCAAACGACGAACAUUCCUCUCUUUCGGACCAAUCCAUCCCACUUCCCGAAGUUCCUGUCCAAGUCAUGCUUGACGGCCCCUAUGGCGGUUGCUCCCUUGACUUGGGACAGUAUGAGACUGUUCUCCUCAUUGCUGGUGGCAGCGGUGCCACCUUUACCAUUGGUGUCCUUGACGAUAUCGUCGGACGCUGCGCACGCCUUGGUCGACCAAAUAACGAACGCACCCGGCGUAUCGAAUUCGUUUGGUGUCUCCGUUCCUACGGCGGCAUUAACUGGUUCACCUCAGUAAUCAUGCCCAUUGCCGACCUCGUCGCAGAAUGCCCUGAUCUGGAUUUACACGUCUCCAUCUAUGUAACGUGUCUGUGUAACCCUGAAGCUGUUCCACCGAUCCCAAACUCAGAUGUGUUGAUGCUUGCCCAGAGACCCGAUACCUCGAAAAUCUUGUUAGACUUGACAACGCCGCCGCUGAAGAAAGCGGAUUGUUGUUGUGCGAGUGGCAGUGAUGGGGAAGACGUCAAGUGUACGUGUGGUUCCGGAUGUGGUGGUAGUGCAGAUGCGAACAAGGAGAAGAGAGCACCGUCCCUAUCAGGUUCAUCUGUGGAUGAUUUAGAAAUUGAGCAAGUCCCCCGGAAGAAUCUGGCCCGCGACCCAGAGGCUUGUGCAGCUCUGGCGGAGGCUUCGGCAAAACUGCAGUGGGUUGGUCUCGGAGGAGGUGUUGCUGUCUGUGCAAGUGGACCGGGAAGUUUGACGAGGGAGGCGUCUAAUGCCGUUGCGAAGCUGAGCUUAACGAGAGGCGUUGAGUUGGGUGGGGUCGGGUUGCAUACGGAAGUGUUUAGUGUACAAUAG